AUGGAGAAUCCGACAGGGAAGAAGUUGGAACUCCCAAACUGCAGAGAGCGAAGCCGUUCCCUAGGCUUUCAGUCUUCACACCACCCAGCCCGAGAAGCUCAAACAUCCGCAGCGUGCUUCCCGUCGGCCCGGGCGCGCCGCCCACACACCCCCGAGACGCGGCGCGGCGCGGCGGACGGCGGUCACUUACUGCCCCUGGUGUGCAGAGAUGGGCAGCUCAGGCGCGGGAGACUCGCCUCAGGCUCCACAGCCCGAGAUCCAAGGCAAACGGCAGCCCCGGGAGCGAGGACCAACCCGCGGGCGGAAGCUGCUGGUCUCCCGCACACGCCGCUCCCUCCGCCUUCCAGGUCCCCCACCAAGCCCCCGACGCCAACCCCGGCUUUGCACCUCGGUCCUCAGCUCCGGGCCUCUCCUGUCCGCCUCUCUCCGGCCUCCACAGCCUCGGGACCCCGCAGAUAUCCAACCGUGGACCCAACGGCCUUGACUAGACGACCCUCGCCGGAAGUGCCGGCAGUCGGAGUGCGCCGCCAAAAUUCCUCCGCGGCGCGCUGGGGCCACGCAAAAAGAUGUUCCGGCGGCAGAGGGCAGCUGCUGCCAGAAGAGGGAGCUAGGGAGCAAGUGGUGCCCAAGAGCGUGACUGCCUUCCAGCUAGCUCAUCAUCGGCGCUAAGGGAAAAAUAUGAUUAUUAAACAUGCUGGCUGAUGCGGGAAAGCUCUCUGGGUAAGGGAAAGCGUAAGCGCAGUCUCUAAGGCAAACUGUGGUUGAGGUCUCUUGAAUUCAAGGGAUGACAAGGCUGAUCUGGAAGCAUCUUUUUGACAAGGAACCAAGACUACUCCCAAGCAAAGAGCGAGCGGGCAGGACAGAUCACCUCCCAAAUGAGGGCAAUUAACUAUGGUGGGAGGCUGAGGCCUCGGAGUGAUGACGUCAAUCACGAGUUCUCCAGAAGCCCUUGCAAGCCCAGGACUUGACCAGAUCACCUGACCAGAUCACAGGCUCUGCCAUCUAUGCAAACCUCAAGCCCCUCCCAUUUCCCUUUUUUAUAAAAUCUCAAAGUUCCUGUCAGCUCUUCAAAGACAAACUUGGUACAAGCAAACCCCUUUUCCUGUUUUUCUCAUCAUGGACACUUUAAUAAAAACUCUUUAUCAUU